UUAUAUGAUCUGCCGAAUUAAUUGGCAGAUCGCACAUUAGGAAACUACUGAUUGAAUAAUCUGCUCUGUCGUUAUUGAUCUGCUCUGCCAAUCUGCUCUGCUUUGCCGAUUGUACCUACCCGCUGAUUUCCUGGGAUUCAAACGGCGUCAACUUCAGCUUAAUUGCUGGUCUAAAGAUGUUUGAAUAUAUGCAGAAUUUAUUCAGCAAAUCAUUAUGCAAAGUUAUCUAUAGAAGAUUUAAUAGCAAAAAAUAUACUCAAGGUUUUAACAUGGAGAAUGGCAUCAGAGAAUAUUUUUAUUAUAUUGAUCAUCAAGGGCAGUUAUUUCUGGAUGGAACGAAAAUUCGUAAUUUUGUCACUUGCUUUAAAGACAAAGCCUUUCUUGUAUUCUUCUACAAAAGGAUAAAGACAAAUAAUGACGGGAAGUAUUCUGAUGAUUACCCUUAUAUCUCCCCAUGUGGUUUGGAAAUGAACUACGUCCGUUGUGAAAGCAAACCAAUCGUAUUUACUGAUAUAUUUGAGGUACAAAAUCAGGACUUUCUGACAUUCAAUGGCCUCGGUGAUCUGAUUACUUUACCAUUCCAACCUAGUAAACUGUUUAUGUUUCCAUCGACCGGUCGAAUCUAUCAUCCUGCAGCUGAAAAAGUAGGAGGCGUUGGAAUUUUAAAAACAAGUUUGGCAGUUCAGCUAAGCUCAGGUUUUGUUUUCUCAGAGUAUAGUAAUAAUUUCUGUCCAACUCACUUCAUUUGGAAAGGUGAAAAGAUUUUACUUGAUAAUUCAUUGUCUACUACGCUACAAAGUCAAGAUGUUCAUCCGGAGUAAUAUUGGCUUCGGCACUACCUAGCGUCGUUCCCUCAUUUAUUAUUGUGUUAAAUUUUAAUAAAUUUUCUUUUUCUUUUGAACCCAAAUUAUGUCUCUAGUAUGAUUGUAAAUUUUAUGGUAACAGCAGGUAACCCUGGUAACAGCAGGUUAGCAUGGUAACAGCAAAACAGAUUCAACCAAGCAAACAACAGCAGAUCAACCCAGACAGCAAUCAACCCAGAGAUUUUUAGAAGUACUUAUAGAAUUUUUAACAUUAGUUUUAAUAAAAAAUAUGAUACAGUACAAUGGUUCUAAUUUUGACUAGAACUAACUGUUUAUUGUGACAAACGACUCUAUAUAUUUUAAUUGCAACA